AGCGAGUAGGGUUGCGUGGUUGAGUGUAGUGAGUGGGGAAGGAAUGCUGGGUAUUGUGAGAGCAUCAUCUAGUUCCAGAUUGUUCUCUACAUUUCGCAGGGUUUCACCCUUCUCUUCGCGCUUCUCCGUUCGCUCAAUGGCUCACUCUACUCCCUCUUUCAACAAAAUCACCAUCCAAAGGGAUAACACCACAUUUGAUGCAUACGUCGUUGGCAAAGAAGAUGCUCCUGGAAUUGUUGUUCUUCAGGAGUGGUGGGGAGUGGAUUUUGAAAUCAAGAAUCAUGCUGUCAAGAUUUCUCAGCUAGGUCCUGGAUUUAAAGCUCUUAUUCCAGAUCUGUAUAGAGGAAAGGUUGGUCUUGAUGUCGCGGAAGCCCAGCAUUUGAUGGAUGGGCUCGAUUGGCAGGGCGCUGUAAAGGAUAUAGAGGCCUCGGUUAACUGGCUUAAAGCAAAUGGUUCAAACAAGGUUGGUGUGACCGGAUACUGUAUGGGGGGUGCUCUCUCAAUUGCCAGCUCUGUGUUGGUUCCAGGGGUUGAUGCCGUUGUAGCUUUCUAUGGAGUUCCUUCUUCUGAUCUUGCAGAUCCUGCAAAAGCCAAGGCUCCUAUUCAGGCUCACUUCGGAGAGCUUGACAAUUUUGUUGGCUUCUCAGAUGUCACGGCUGCCAAGGCCUUGGAGGAGAAGCUGAAAGCAUCUGGAGUUCCACACGAGGUACACAUAUACCCCGGAAACAGCCAUGCUUUCAUGAACAGGUCACCGGAAGGAGUUGAGAGGAGGAAGAGCAUGGGGUUGCCUGAUCAAGAUGAAGGUGCAGUUCAGUUGGCCUGGUCUCGCUUUGAGUCGUGGAUGACUAGGUACUUGUCAAGCUGAAUUCAGCUUCUUAUGUUACAAUGCUAUACUAUCUCUAGUAAUUAUAGUAAGGAAUAUAAAAUGGUUGUUAUUCUUGUGAGUGAGUGACUAUGAUACUUGUUACUCUUGUGGGGUGUUUCCUGAUAUGAGUGGAUGCAUCUGUUGUGAAGUUUGGCUUAGGAAUAAUCAUAAAAUGGUUGUGGUUUUCUUGUAGUUA